AUGCGACCAUUCAGAUUCCUCUUUACGCUUCUCUUAUGCCUCCUCCUCCUUACUAUCCUACUGUGUAUGCGAAGCCCUGCGCCUAGCAACAAUGCCAACCUCAUCCAUUCUUUCCCCAAGACGAAGGGCUCUUCUCAGUCUGUCUUCUCGUGGUCCACUCCCUCUAUCCUCUUCGCUCCGACCGCCAGCAUCAGCUUGACCGACGACAACACGACAUAUUUUCUGGCAAGACCCGCCAUGUUUGGUCCUACACUUCCACCUAAAGGUCUCAGUGGUCCCCUGUGGGCUGGCAGUGGGUUUACCGACGAUGCUUUUGCUUUCGGAGGUUUCGUCGGUCGAUCUGAGGGCGAGCUCGGUUGCAGUGACAUACCCGACUGGGAAGAAGGCGACGAGCCGUAUAUGCAUGUGGCAGAGUUCGACAUGGAGGACUGGCGGAAGAGCUCAAACAGUAAAGCGACUCCAAAUCAACUCAGAAGAAGAACGCCGCGGUCCAGGCAUGAAGCUGCUAGGGACGGGCCUUAUGCCUCGUUGAAGAACUUCGAUCCUAGCUUGCAUGAUUCAUCGUCUCAAAGCCCACAACAUUCAACACCGCGUCAUGUGGAAGAGAAAGAGGCAACUAUGACAGCGCAUGCAGAUAUCCAAUCGCUUCAAGAAGGAGCUGAGAUAGCUGGAAAGGUUGUUUUGCUGAGCCGCGGCGGCUGCGGCUUUCUUGACAAGGUUCUAUGGGCGCAACGGAGAGGCGCCACUGCUGUGAUCGUUGGCGACAACCACAGCGGUGGAGGACUAAUCUCUAUGUAUGGACGAGGGGACACAACGAAUGUAUCCAUUCCAGCUAUUUUCACCUCCCAUACGACCGCCCAUCUGCUUUCAUCUCUUAUACCAUCUGGGGUUGAUGGAAAGCGGUCCAGGCCGCAAGCGAGCGGAUCGACACACAAUGUUCCUGGAUCGUCACGCUCGUCACCUAAAGAGUAUUUCAAAUCCCGCUUAGAAUCAAGAAGCGCUGUCAGCAGAAUUCUUGGAUCCUUUCAACGCCCCAAACAGAGCUCACGUGACGCCAGUUCUAAGGAACACGAGUCGGUGAGUUGGGCAUCACUCGAGGACAUUGCCAAGGAGAAACCAUUCCAGCCAAGUACAACACCUGUUCCAUCAAACGAUGACAACUUCGUUAUAGGCGUCGAUGACUGGAGAGAUCCCGAUAUGCUGUCUAAAGAGAGCAGCACCCCGACGGGAACCACCGACCACAGUGACCGCACUUCCGACGAGCGCUUCAAAGGAGGAAGCACUGUGCCGGGAAGUGGAGAGUAUGCCGGUGCAGAUGAAAAUGGACACUCAGGCUGGUUUUCCUCAUUCCGUUGGCGUGGCGGAGAUGAUAACGACCAUACCUCAGACGACAAUCUCCACCACUCCUCGAGCACGCCUCUCGUCCCUGACGAGCCUGAAAAUCUACACCACGACGCGCUCUGGGUAACCCUGAGCCCCAACAGCAUGUCCACAAAUCCGUUCUUCGAUACCCUUCUGGUACUCGUCGUCUCACCUCUCGUCACAUUGACCGUCGUAUACGCGCUUCUUCUCUUGCGCUCUCGCAUUCGCCGCCGUCGCUGGAGAGCACCAAAGUCCGUCGUCGAGCGUCUCCCUGUACGCACAUACCAUACGCUCUCUUCAUCCAUAGGCAUUCUUACGCCAUCCCCGUCUGGAAGCCCACUUUCCUCCCCAAUCGCCACCUCUCCAACGACUCCGCUACUCACCAGUACUCCUCGCCCGGUACUCACCACGCGCCGCUCUCGCCCGCGCGCACGCACUACUCCAGAAACACACGCAUCUUCUUCCUAUGACACAACACGCCAUCGCAGCCGCUCUCCCGACAGUGAGAAGCGAGAAGCGGGAUUGGCCGAAUGGCGACGUCGCUAUGGCGGCCGCCAGAAGGAGUGUGUCGUAUGCCUCGAGGAAUAUGAGGAUGGAAUCAGCAGAGUCAUGAGUCUGCCAUGUGGCCACGAAUUCCAUGCAGAGUGUAUAACGCCAUGGCUGACGACGCGCCGGCGCACGUGUCCGAUCUGCAAAGGGGAUGUGGUGCGAAGCUUGCGUCGGAGAGAUAGGAAUUCUCCCGAUCCUGACGGUGGCUCUGAUAAUUAUUCCGAUGCCGAUAGUGACGAUGCCCGAGACACACGAAGAUUCAAUAUGGAAGGUGAGCUCGUCGAGCAAGAUGAACAAGACAGCGUUGCCAUCAGAAGAAAUGACGAACCGGCCGCGCAGCUACCGAUGCGUGCCGAGGAUCUGUAUGCCGCAGAUCUGGAGCAGGGUGCGGGCGAGCUCAGACGUGAUGCCGGGGAGGGGGUGGUAGAACGGGUCUGGCGUGCCGUGGAGGUAUUGAGUGGGAGUGUGAGAGAAAGAGGAUGGUGGGGGAGGAGAGAGGAGGCUGACCGCGAUCGGUAGAUGGCUGUUUGGGCGUCCCCAAUAAUUGUGAUGAUUGAUGAGUCUGGGUAUUUUGAGUUUGCGUUUCUGCAUAGCGCCGCAUACUGGGUAAAUUGGGUGUGGCCUUGGUAUUGAUAUUGGAUGAAGUGUGUCG